GCUGAGUGUGUGUGCGUGUGUGUGAGAGAGAGAGAGUCAGAUACUCGAACCGGUCAUCUUUCACCCAAAACUGCUUUGCAUCUCGUGACAAACCAGGCUUAGAACCCAGGGAUCGAGUGCAUUCGCGUGAUUAAUGGUAUUCUUGCGCACUGUUCGUAUCCUCCCACCGGCGUCGCGCACUGUUUACGCGCUGCCUUUCGUACUCGCGACUCUUCCAGCACAAGAGCAUCCGAAGCCUUUAUUCGAUGAAAGCUCAGGCUGUAGAAAUGCCUUUUCUGGAUGAAUGCUCUCUACCCAGAGACUGCCCUCAAACUUUGCCUGUGAUCAUCAUUGGUAACGGCCCAUCAGGUAUCUGUUUAUCGUAUCUACUGAGUGGCUACACCCCUUACCUAGAUCCAGCAGCUGAGCAUCCAAAUCCCAUUCUUUACCACAAACUACAGAAGGCUAAGCAUUUACCUAUUAUAGAGCAGGAUCUAGAAUACCUUUGUGAGGGUUUAGAGGGUCGUUCAGGCAACCCAGUGGCUCUACUCUUCGAUACACUACUUCACCCAAAUGCUGACUUGGGCUACGAGAUUCCUUCAGUACUGCAGUGGAAGCUGGAGAAGCAGCACCACAUCCCCCAUCUGGUACUAGGCAGGGGCGCACCAGGGGGAGCCUGGCAUGCAAUGGAAGGAUCUAUUCUCACCAUUAGUCUGGGCAUUUGGAUGGAGCUGCCAGGGGUGAACUACAGGGAUAUUAUCUCUGAAAAAAGGAGGAAUGUGACCAAUGACCGGGCCACUCCAGACGAGCUCUCCUCCUACUAUAAGAAUUAUGUAAAGAUCAUGGGCCUCCAGAAGAACUUUGUAGACAACACUUAUGUCACCUCCAUUCAAAAACUCUACCGUGAUCAAGACAUUAACCUUGGAAAAGCACAUGGGAUUGAAACUGACACCAAAAAUAGUCAGAAGAACAGAAUAGAAAACCACUGCAGUCAGAACGGGACAGAAAGCAGCAACAGUGGGUUUUGUAAGGGUUUCCAAAACGGAACAGAGAAUGGAAGAGGUAAAAUAGAUGAGGAGGAGUACAAGAAGAAAAGGGACAUGGAGGAAAUUGGAGACAUCAGGAUUCCUCAGGAGUUUUCACAGGGACUAUGGGAGGUCAGAGGUUACCAGAAGCUGCAGGGUGACAACGAUAUUCCUUUCAGCCUGUUAGCUGAGAAUGUUGUCUUAGCAACUGGGGCGUCUGAUUUGCCAGCUCGGUUAGGUGUGGAAGGGGAAGAUUUUCCUUUCGUGUUCCACAGCGUGCGUGACCUUGGCAUAGCUGUCAAUCACCAUGAGAAUUUGGGCCCUACUUCUGACCCAGUACUGGUGGUUGGAGCAGGGCUUUCUGCAGCUGAUGCUGUGCUGUGUGCCUACAACAACAGCAUUCCAGUGCUGCAUGCGUUCCGUAAACAAACUGAUGAUCCCGGGCUAAUAUUUAAACAACUACCAAAAACGCUAUACCCUGAGUAUCACAGGGUCUAUCACAUGAUGUGUUCGCAGACCUACUUGACAUGUCCCAUUGCAAACCAUGCUACGAACCCUGUAGUUCAUAAUGCUUCCACACAAUUGUACCCAGACUACACCAGCUUCCCUGAGCACUGCGUGCAUUCUUUUCAGCCUGACAUGCACUGCAUAUUAAGGGGAAAAAAUGGUGUUCUGAGAGCCAUCAAAGUCUCAAUGGUGCUGGUUCUAAUUGGAACCCAUCCUAGUCUGUCAUUCUUAAAGGAUCAUGGACGAUACCUGGGGUUAGACCCCACCAGGCCCCUCUCGUGUAGGCACAACCCAGUGGACAUAAACCCAUACACAUUUGAAUGCAGUGCUGAGCCAGGCCUUUUUGCCAUGGGUCCCCUUGUCGGGGACAAUUUUGUGCGUUUCCUGAAAGGAGGCGCUUUGGCCGUUGCAAGCUGCCUGCUCAAGAGACUGAAGCAGAUAAACAUAAAAGGUAAACUGAUUGCUGAUGAGGGUGAUAGCAAAGGUGGAGGGGGGUUUGUAUGAAGUAUAUGUAAUACUUUUUAUAAAACAGGUGGCAAAUUAUUUUUUACAUUUUAUUGAGUGAGUACAUAUAUUUUUAACUAUACAGCUUUCUUAACAUUUUUAAAGUAAGGAACAUGUGCAUUUGACUGUAGGCUAUA